UGCCCGGCUGCACGAGAGCGAGUGAGUAGCGGGUGGGGGUAGGGGCUGCGCGUUAGAUAGACGGCGGACGGCGAGCGAGGACGGUGGUUCGUGGUAGGUUGUGUCCAGGCGCUAUGAAGUUGACAGUGGAUUUCGAUGAAUGUCUGAACGACUCUCCACGUUUCAGAGCUGGCCUAGAAGAUGUUGAAGGGGAUUUUGCUGAAUUGGAGUCAAAGCUGGACAAGGUAGUGAAGCUGUGUGCUGGAAUGAUAGAUGCUGGAAAGAACUUUUGUAACGCUAACAAGCAGUUUGUAAAUGGAAUUCGUGAGCUUGCCCAUCAGUCCGCCAAGGAUGAAGUUGUUGAGAACAGUCUGGUGAGGUUUUCGGAGAGCCUUCAGGAGAUGGUCGCUUUCCACAUGAUUCUGUUUGACCAAGCCCAAAGAUCCAUCAAGUUACAACUUCAGACAUUUGUUAAAGAGGAUCUUAGAAAAUUUAAAGACGUAAAAAAACAGUUUGACAAGGUCAGUGAAGAGAAAGAAAAUGCGUUAGUGAAAAAUGCUCAAGUUCAAAGAAAUAAGCAACAUGAAGUGGAAGAGGCUACGAACGUCCUAACAGCAACACGCAAGUGCUUUCGACAUAUAGCACUGGACUAUGUUUUGCAGAUCAAUGUCCUUCAGUCAAAGAGAAGAUCUGAAAUUUUAAAAUCGAUGUUAUCCUUUAUGUAUGCCCAUCUCACAUUCUUUCAUCAGGGAUAUGAUCUUUUUAUGGAACUGGAGCCUUACAUGAAGGAGCUGGGAGCCCAGCUGGAUCAAUUAGUUGUGGAUGCAGCUAAAGAGAAGAGAGACAUGGAACAAAAACAUUCCACUAUUCAACAAAAGGAUUUCUCCAGCGAUGAUCCCAAGAUAGAAUUUAACAUUGAUGCUGCUAAUGGUGUAGUCAUGGAAGGAUAUUUGUAUAAACGAGCCAGCAAUGCCUUUAAAACUUGGAACCGGAAAAAGACCCCCCACAUCAGGCGUUGGUUUUCAAUUCAAAACAACCAGCUGGUUUACCAAAAGAAGUUUAAGGAUAACCUCACAGUAGUAGUUGAUGAUUUACGACUUUGCACAGUCAAACCAUGUGAGGAUAUUGAAAGGCGCUUCUGUUUUGAAGUAGUCUCUCCCACAAAGAGUUGUAUGCUGCAAGCAGACUCUGAGAAAAUCCGACAGGUUUGGAUCAAAGCUGUUCAAGCUAGUAUAGCUACAGCGUACAAAGAGAAGGGAGAAGAGAGCUAUGCUGAAAAACUAGAUAGAAGAUCAUCCCCUUCUACCAGCAGUCUGGACUCUGGGAGUGAAUUGAAGGAGCGACCAGUAAAAGGAGAAAGUGCACUUCAGCGUGUGGAGUGCAUUGCUGGCAAUACAUAUUGCUGUGACUGUGGCCAGUCAGACCCUCGUUGGGCAAGCAUUAAUCUUGGAAUCACUCUAUGCAUUGAAUGUUCAGGAAUUCACAGGAGUCUAGGUGUCCAUUUUUCUAAGGUGCGUUCCCUUACACUGGAUUCAUGGGAACCUGAGCUCUUAAAACUUAUGUGUGCACUGGGAAAUAACAUUAUAAAUAGAAUAUAUGAGGCAAGAGUUGAGGAAAUGCAUUGUAAAAAGCCAAAUGCAGGAGAUUCAAGGCUUGAGAAGGAAGCUUGGAUCAAAGCUAAAUAUGUUGAGAAGAAAUUUGUGCAGAAAUCCCACAGAAUAUCUUCAACAAAAGAAAGUCCACAGGUUUUACCACAGACCGAGCAACUUGAAGGCACACAUGAACAAGCCUCCAAAUUUCUAUCCAUUCCAGGGAGCAGUUCGAAAUUUUCAGCUGCUGUUAGUAACACUGAGCCACGUCGGGAGUCUCUCUUCUGUCCAGAUGAGCUAGACUCGCUAUUCUCCUACUUUGACACCUCUUCAAAAUCUAGUAGUAGAGUAAAAAAUUCAGGCAGUGAUGUACCAUGUAGCUCUGAGGGCAGCAAGGAUAUAGUAAUGUCUGUAACUUCCAAUAACAUCUUACCUGAACCAGAAAUUUUGGAAGCAUCUACUCUGGAUGGAGGUGAAAGGAAUUCAUCUGUCUUUGAAGAAACAAUUAUUUCUCCUGGAUUACAAUUAUAUAAAGCUGCAUAUGUUCGAAGUCUUCCAGAUAUGGCAGAAGCAUUAGCCCAUGGAGCUGAAGUAAACUGGAUUCAUGCUGAAGAUAAUAAAGCAACUCCUCUUAUUCAGGCUGUACUUGGGGGCUCUUUGGUUGCCUGUGAAUUUCUGCUACAGAAUGGAGCAGAUGUGAACCACAGAGACUGUCAUGGAAGGGGACCACUACAUCAUGCCACCAUCUUGGGUCAUACUGGGCAGGUGUGUUUAUUUCUGAAAAGGGGAGCCGAUCAAGGUGCAUUAGAUGAAGAAAUGAAAGACCCACUUGCCAUUGCAAUAGAAGCUGCAAAUGCUGACAUAGUUACAUUAUUGCGCCUGGCAAAGAUGAAUGACGAGAUGCGAGAAUCUGAAGGCCUUGGACAGUCAGGUGAUGCAACCUACCAGGAUAUUUUCCGAGAUUUCUCCCACAUGGCCUCUCAUAAUCCAGAAAUAUUAAAUCGUUUCCAGCGGAGAUCAGAGACUGAUUAAGUUUUAUCACUUGAGAGCUGCAAUCAUUCUUUCAGUGCAAUCAUCUUGAACCAUAUUCAUCAAUUUAUUUCAUUAUCCAAACCAAAAAUAAAAUGAGGAUUUGAGUUUUAAGUAUAACUAUUAAAUAUGAAGGAGCUUUUACUUGCAAGCAGAUGCAGUGAUUUAUUAUAUUCUGAAGCAUGUUGUCUAUGCAAACAACCAACCUUUGCACUUUUUAUUAUUGUGAUGCUUGAGUUGAAGCUAAAAUCUUCUGAGGUGCUUCACCAGUGGGAGAUGUGCAAAUAGAAUGGGUGUUCAAGUUGAACAGAUUUUUUGAAAUUUUUGUGUGUACCCAAAUUAUAGGAAGAAUAAUACCAUCUCUUUACUCACCAGCCCAUUUUACACCAUUUUAGAAUAUUUUAAAAUCACUUUAAAGAUGUCAAGGAUUUGGUGAUGGUUCAACUGCAGAGCAGUUGUGCGCAUCUGAUACUGCUAACACAAGUGCUUUUAGGAGCAAUAAAUUCAUAUUGGGACCAUACCCCUUAAAUUUAUUUCUUUUUACAGAGUGAAUGUUUCAGGAAAUAUUUUCAUAUUUCCAAAAACUUUGUAUAUUCUUUAUCUCCAUGAAAUUUUAAUUAUAGCAUGUAUUAUAUAUUGAUUUUAAAUACUUUGCCUUCUAGCCACAUUUGGCUAUAAUACUUAGCUAUUGAUUUGGUGUACUGUGUACAUAACUUUUAAAUCUAUAAAUUGUAUUUACACCUAAAGAUGUGUAUUAUGAUAAAUUGCUAACGAGAAUUGGGAUUACUGGAUAACUAGCUAUAUAUUGUACCAUUAAGUCAAUUUACAAGUUAAACAGUGUAAAAGUUCUAAAUUUAUCUUGACUCAUUAUCUUUCAUUGGAAUACAAACUGGAUGUCUUAAUUGUCUUACAAUUGCUACAAGUCUGAAUAAAUUUACAUGUUCCCUACUCGUUUCCAAUAGUCAAACCAUAUUCAGUAAUUAGGAAUAUUAAUAUAUCAGCAUUCUGAUUUUUGUUUUAUUUACCAAUUUUUAAACAACUAAGUGGCAGCAGCUUUUUAAAUAAGUCGGCGAUUUAACAGAGCUGCAAUGGAAGUCACAGCUCAUGUAUUCCAUGUUCUUGUAAAAGGCUAGUAAGAAGGAAUUUUUUUUUAAAUUUAAAGUCAAUCAUUAAGAAUGAGGAUCCUUGGGAAACCAUAUUUUUAAUCCUUUUGUUAAAAGUUGUGUCCCCAUGUUGAAAUAAUAUACAAUAUCAAUAAACAUUCCAGAGAUGGCAAAAUACAAACAUUUUCUAAUGGUGUGGUUUCUUGUUUUCAUGCUUGUUCAGUUUUUUUUUUACAAAAUAAUUUAUCCUUCAAACUUUAUUUGAAAUAUACUGAAAAUGAUGAACUACAUUAUGAGCUUCAAAGCAGUCGAGCAAUGUAACAUGUACAUUACUUGUUUUACUGUUUGUUAGGCCAGUAAGCAUCUGAAACUACUUAUUAGUCAAUAAGAUGAGAGUUACACGUGGAAUGAUUGUGUGCUUGGCACAUAAUCAGAUCCAUUAUACAUAAAACUAAUAUUUUCCCAUAAUUUCGAAGCUGAAAUAAACAUUCAUUUUGAUUAGUUAUGGAAUUGUAUCUCAUAUAUAUUAGCUUUUCUGUAUCGAAUAUAUUUUGUUCACAAUGUAGAAUAAUU